CGCCGCCGUCUGACGAAGGUCGGGCCGGUGGUAGACGUGGGCAGGAGCCCGGUCGACGCACGGGCCCUGACUUACCUUACCAGCCGGCGCGGAGGGCAGCGCAGUGCGAGUGGUCGAAGAAAGCAGCCUGCAGGUGAACAGCGGAGCGGUGAACGGAAGGUAGCAGCAACUCAACAUCAUGAUUCCCGCCACGGUAUUGCCAAGGCUUCGCAACUUAAUCGAUAAAUGUGACGCCAAGGGAUCCUUGCGAUACGUGUCGCGGGUUUUAGCCGUGCGCUGGACGAGGCAGGUGGCCGCCGCGCUGGCGGGCAUCGCUCUGAUGGUCUGCCUCGUUCUCCCCGCCAGCAGAGCAGUCAUCGGCAGGACCCGCCGCCGCUGGAUGUACAGCAACGCCAUCCCUGUCUUCACGGGCAGCGUGGAAAAGGAGACGGCCCUGCUGUAUGACAAGGACUACGAGGUGUUCCGCUCCGUGUUCGACUGGCUGGAGACUCCGACGGCGGCGUGCGAGCCUGUGCUGGAGCUGGGCGGGCGACUCGACCCGCGCACCAACGCCUCUCGCGGCCGCGUGCCCGUGUGCGUGGACCCCAGCCGCACCGUGACGGCCGGGCCCGGCUGCCUGGUGUACUCUCUCGGCGUCGGGCCCGAGAUGGAGUUUGAGCGCGCGAUGGCCGGCCGCGGCUGCGAGGUGCACGCCUUCGACCCGGUGCGACCGGCGAAGGUGGCGCGGAUGAUCCCCGGCGUCACCUUCUACCUGGCGGCGGUGCACAGGCUCGACGGCACAAUGGACGGCCGCGAGUGGCGCACGUUCGACGCCUUGGUGGACGACAACGGUCACGCUGAGCGCACCAUCAACUUCCUCAAGGUGGACAUCGACUUCGGCGAGGUGUACAUGCUGGUGCAGCAGCUGCUGGACACCGACGAGGGCCGCCUCGCGCUGGACCAAGUGCAGCAGAUCUGCCUCAGCGUGCACCUGCCCAAGGACCUGGAGCAGUUCUCAAACCUACUGCUAUUUGACGUGUAUGACUCUGUGCUCCAGAUCUUCCACGAGCUGGGCUUUCGCGUGGUGCGCUCGGAACCGAAUCUGGACGACGGCCCGCUGCAGCAGUACCUGUUCCCAGGGGUCGAGCGGCCCGUCUACCUCAGCUACAAGCUGCUGCUGGUGCGCACCGGCCGUGAUGUCUGGGACAGGCUCGAGCGGGGCACCAAACACCUCCGUCGCGAGUUUGUGCACUAGCGAGACGUGCGUGGGGCGGGGAGGCCUCUGCUACAGAUCGUCUGCGCGACCGGCCAGCUCCGCCCCCGAGGCUAUAGCGCAUUGCAGUACAGCUGCUGGCUGAACAGCGGUGCUCAGCAUGAAAGUGUUUGCACAAGAGAGACACGGGUCGAUGGGUGGAGGCUCAGCAGCAGCGCAGCUGGUGUACGAACCGAUGGGGUGUGGUGAGGUUAAGGGACGACCAGAUGAAUGUGGAGUGCUGGUUUGUAACCAUUCCACUCGAUCGCCGCGGAGCAGUUUGGAUGGUGUGCUUUGCUACCGCCACGGGAGGAUGGUCAUCGAUGGGAGCAUGCAUGCCCGUAUUUUUAUAGGUUUUGUGAGGUAAAUGGGUAGGAUCAACGACGACCUAGUAGCAACAUGACGACGUAUAACUGAUGUUUGCGAAUGCAAGGUGAUGCGAUCACAGUUUCUUUUACGGUGUGUAUUACAGUUGUUUUGUACAAAAAGCCUAGACGCCUCUCGA